AUGGCUUUGCAGUGCGCUACCAUAGUUUUGUUAUUUUCGCUUGUGUUCCUAUCGGUCCAAGUCCAAGGCUCAAAAAGAGGUACAAAUCACUGACUAUUUUUGUCACUGAGUCAAAAAUUAUGUUGUGUUGAGUACAAGGUGCGAGGCACUACUUCAGAGUACGCAGUAAAUUAUUGGUGAUUCAAACCUGGUGCUUUACCCUACUGCAAUUUUAUAAUUACGUAAGAAGCAUAUUUACUCUCUGGGUCUACUGCAUGCUGAAAUGACUGUUUCUUCGCUUUUUAAAGUUCUCCAUUAACUUCAUCUUGUGUUUAAACGCUAUUUUCUUUACAUAACUACAUGUCAUUUUAUUGUACGUUAUUUCUUUUCAUAUAGCUACGUGCCUACUUGUCACUAUGGCUUAGACUUUCUCAGAGGAAGUGCUAUUUUCCAGUAGACGACCUAGACAUCAUCCUCCCCCACUUAAAAGAUUUCACAUGGAACUGAGUGUGACUGUUAGUCAGUUUUCCACGCAAUUGUCACGUACUCAGACGUUUUCUAUUAAUCUAAUUCGCUUUUAACUUCCUUGUACUUCACCCAAUCAAGUGUCAAUUAUUUGUAAACAGCCCCGCAUUUUAUUCCGUAUUCUGCACGCACAGGGCAAAGUCCAGAUAGGCAACAACCAAAUAAGGAGCCCAGGUUACCUUGCCCACGUGAAAACCUUUGAAAUAUGAUCAUUUUCUCUUUUCGUCUAAUGUAUUUCCACCUGUUUGAAGAAUGGAGACUGCAAAUUAUCUAUUGUUCGAGGUUACUAGAGAUAAAAUAGAGUUUUGGUUCGCUUUCCACAGCAAAAUUAUGUGGAAGAAUAUUUUUUCGGCAAGUAGCUGUAACUGAAAAAUUUUGAUUGGGAAAAGCAGUAAGCAUUGUCUUAGCCUGCCAUUAGGCCAUUUCUUAGUCUCACCACGCAGCGGGGGAGAGAGCUUGUUGCGUGACAAGACUGAACAAGCGUGACACCAACGUAGUAUAUUUUUGCUAACAGUUAUUCAGACACCAAUGGCAAUAGACCAUAAUAUACGUGUUUGAGUUUAUUUCAGAUAGAUUGGAAGUUUAUUUUUUUGCUCUCCAUUGAACGAUAUUUUUCAUUGGGGUCUUUUGAAAGUAAACGCUUUAUUUCUUUGGCAAAAAUGCAAACGUAAGUUACUUCGUGUCCCUUUUCAACCUACCCAUCCGAAAAAUAGAUCUCGCAUGCGUAGCAUCAAUAUGAUAUUGUUCUUUACUUUUUGAUAUUUUCAUUUUGCCUUGCUCUCCAUUGUUAUAUAGUUGGCUAGGAAUAGCGUACGAGUAGCCGUACCCUCUCCCCCAAGGAAAAACAGAAGCAUUACUCCUUGGGGGGGGGGAGGAGGGUACGGCUACACGUAGGCUAGCCGGCCAGGAAGGGCCUUAUUUAAGUGGCCAAAUUUCAUUUAUUCUUUCAUACUAGAGGUCCUGCCAAAGGUGCACGAAGAAAUUAACUACAUGGGUCAAAUAUUAGAUUGUGAUGACUUUCAUACCACCGACAAUUCUGGUACGUGGUGUAACUGUCCGUUUCUGUUCUGCACCGGAAGCCAGGACUGUAGCAACAUGGGUGGACUUAUGUGCGGAGUUGUAAACAACGAUUACGACUACAUGAACAUCCAGGAUGAAGAUUGUGAUUGCCAAUAUUUGGGAUAA